AUGCCUCCAUCACACCAGCACUCACAUUCCCAAUCUUACCCGCGCCAUUCCGUCGUUCCCUCGUCGACCGCAUCCUCCAUGGGCAACCCCUCUUCGAUGUCCGCCGCCAAAACACGCCAGUAUGCACACCUGCAUUCCCAGCUCGCCCAGCUUAAUGCGCAUCUAGCAGAUACCGAGAACCUUCUGCGAAUGACAGCUAUCCAGGCUGAGGAUAUGCGCUUUUUGGGCGGCUAUGUCGGCGCUCUCUUUAUGGGAUCUGCGAAGGUCCUUGGGGAGGAGGGGGUUAAAGGGGAGAGCACUUCAGAACGGCAAGAGCCUGGUGAAGAGAAGUAG